CCUUCCUCCCUUUCCUUCCCCUUCCCCGCCCGGAGCCAUGUCCUCCGCCGCUCGUUUCGAUUCGUCGGACCGCUCCAGCUGGUACGUGGGCCCGGUGUCCCGGGCGGAGGCGCAGACGCGGCUGCAGGGGCAGCGGCACGGCAUGUUCCUGGUGCGGGACUCGUCCACCUGCCCCGGGGACUACGUCCUCUCGGUGUCCGAGAACUCCCGCGUUUCCCACUACAUCAUCAACUCCCUGCCCAACCGCCGCUUUAAGAUCGGCGACCAGGAGUUCGAGCACCUGCCCGCCCUGCUGGAGUUCUACAAGAUCCACUACCUGGACACCACCACCCUCAUCGAGCCCGCGCCCAGGUAUCCAAGUCCACCAAUGGGAUCUGGAUCUGCCCCUGCCAUGUCCACUGCAGAAGAAAACGUGGAGUAUGUUCGGACUCUCUAUGACUUUCCUGGCAACGAUGCCGAGGAUCUCCCAUUUAAAAAGGGAGAGUUACUGGUAAUUGUAGAGAAGCCAGAAGAACAGUGGUGGAGUGCCAGAAACAAGGAAGGUCGGGUUGGGAUGAUCCCUGUUCCUUAUGUAGAAAAGCUAGUCAGACCUUCUGUUGGGAAGCAUGGGAACAGGAAUUCCAACAGUUACGGUAUUCCAGAACCUGCCCAUGCUUAUGCUCAGCCUCAAACAGCAACUCCCCUUCCCUCAGUAUCCAGCACACCUGGAGCAGUGAUCAAUCCUCUGCCAAACACACAGAACGGACCAGUCUAUGCCAAAGCUGUCCAAAAGAGAGUACCCUGUGCUUAUGACAAGACUGCGCUGGCAUUAGAGGUUGGAGAUAUUGUGAAGGUUACGAGGAUGAACAUAAACGGGCAGUGGGAAGGAGAAGUCAACGGCCGAAAAGGGCUCUUCCCUUUCACACAUGUCCAGCUAUUUGACCCUCAAAACCCAGAUGAGAACGAAUGACUCCCUCUGCCCAAUUUACACUGCUGCUUCAUUUUCCUGGCUCUCAUUAGCAUUGUUUGAGGUGGGAUGAUGACUUAAUGGCACAUUGCUAGCAUUGCCCAUUUUCCAGCUUGCUGCAGUUUGACAGUUCUUUUAAUAUACAUUUGGAAUACAUACAGCUGAAGUCACUGCCUGACCUUCAGACCGUAGUUGCGUCAUCCAGAAUUUAGUUUCACUUUUAAAACUUUAUUGGGCCUUAAGCUGGAGAAGACUGAACCGGAAUAUAGCAGAGUGGUGUGAGGAAAAAACCUUUCCUGUUGAGAACUUCCAUGGACUUUUUCUGGUUUACUCAGUAGUAAGAGCCCUAAUCUUAGAUCAAAACAUGCAACUUGUGCAUUACUGUCCAACAAAAAGCAACAACAAAAAUGCAAUUUUAGAACUGAAGAAGAUUUAGUUUUGAAACGACCUGUCCUAAGGUAAUACAUUUAAAAUGAUGGUUUUACAUAAAGGACAAUAAUUGGAGCUUGCAUAUUCUAAGCAGUUGUAUUAGACACUGCUCUUUUCUGUUAACUCUUAAGCUUGUUGUUGACCUUCUUAAAACAGUGUGUGUUAAAUGCAAAUAACCAUUGAUUGAGCUGCAUUGAAGCUGAAGCAUUUAUUUAUAAGGCAACCUAGGAGGGGUUGAUACUUGUUACUUGGU